AAGAUCCCGUUUCAGGAACGGGUACUACAGUGACUUCAGCAGUUCACCUGAAACCAGCAACAUGUUCUCUAAAGUAAUUCUCAUCACCUUGGGCCUGGCAGCCAUGGUGGCAGCCGGCAGUUUCGAAUCAUUCGAAUAUGCUCGUCGUGGGGGAUCCUCCGAGGAGUCCUACGAAUCCAGCGAAGCCCAUUACAACUUCAACUGGGCCGUCGACCACGACCCUUCCAGCAACGAAUUCGGACACCAGGAAACCCGUGACGGAGAUGACACUCAGGGAUCCUACUACGUCCAGCUCCCCGACGGUCGUCUGCAGACUGUCAAGUAUUUCGUUGACGGAGACUCAGGCUACGUUGCUGAGGUCAACUACGAAGGAAGCGCCUCCUUCGAGUCAGGCUCAGGUGAGUCCAACGAGAGGCCAAGAUACUACUACGGCUCCAACGAGUCCAAAUAAAUGGACUCUAAGUCCUGAGGCAGCUGAUUCUGAUUCUAAUGUUCUUGCACUAAAGACUGUAUAUAUUUAUUUAUUUUUUGCCUUGUAACAGUACAAAAUUCAGUCUCCUUAUUUAUUCACUAAUUUAUAAAUCUAUUUUCCUGUAUUUCCAGGAUGUUUUAAAAUAAAGGGGAUUCUAAAACA